UAAUACUUGAAUAAGCUGCUUCUUUUCUCUCCCAUCCUCUGUUCUGCAUUAAAUGAAUUCAUCUCUGUUUUUUUUUUUUGAAUACUUAUUUCUCUGUCACGAGUAGCCCGUUUGAAUUUGCCAUUAUAGUUCACUUCAGAUCCAAUUCCGAAAAACAAAGUCGAUAAACCGAUGAUCUUCUUCUUGCCACUUAUUUCCGGCACCACUUGAUCACCGGAAUUCCGACUCGCCGGGUUGUCAUACAUACACAUCUCCAGGAAAUUAAUUAAGGUGUACAAAUACAAAUUACAAUGCCCCAAGAAAGCCACAUCAGCAGCUCGAUAUUCAACUCUCCAAGCAAGAACUUGAGAGGGCUAAAGGGGUUGAUCUAUAACACCACUAAUGCUCCGUACGCAGAAGAAACGAUCAACGACCACGAAUUAGCUCACAGAAAAGCCGAGGAAGCAGCUUCAAGGAGAUACCAGGCGGCGCAAUGGCUGCGGCGGAUGGACCAAGGCGCGACGGAGGUGCUCCCCGGAGAACCGACGGAGGAGGAAUUCUGUUUGGAUCUCCGCAACGGACUCAUUCUCUGCAAUGUCCUCAACAAAGUCAAUCCCGGAGCCGUUCACAAGGUGGUGGAAAAUCCGGUGCUGGAUGUGCAGGCUACGGAGGCUGCCGCCCAAUCUGCCAUUCAAUAUUUUGAGAACAUGAGGAAUUUUCUUGUUGCUGUUGGCAAAAUGAAGCUCCUUACGUUUGAAGCGUCCGAUCUCGAAAAGGGAGGUUCAUCAGGCAAAGUAGUGGACUGCAUUCUGUGUUUAAAAGGAUACUACGAAUGGAAGAAAUCCGGAGGUAUUGGAGUCUGGAGAUAUGGUGGAACAGUGAGAAUUACGUCCUUUCCCAAAGAAUCACCAUCCUCUCUAGUGAGUUGUGAGAGUGCAGAUGAGUCAAUAGACGAGUCUGAAUUAUCACAAUACGAACAACUAAUGGAGUUCCUUCACUUAUCGACUGACUCACAUGAUGAAUCCAGGGCAGCCAACGUUCUCACUUUCAUGUUCGAUCAUUUUAGUCUGGCUGUUCUACAGUCUUAUUUGACUGAAACCAAUGGAUUUGAUGACUCACCUUUAAGUUCAAUGGCAAUUGAUACCGUGCUGAAGAAGGUUGUUAAGGAUUUCUCAGCAUUGUUGGUGUCUCAAGGCAAUCAGCUGGGCAUGUUCUUGAAGAAAAUCCUGAACGAUGAUUGCACUCGUCAGACAAAAUCUCAAUUCUUUGAAGCCAUAUCAAAGUACCUAAGCAAAAGGAGUAGCCUUGUAUCAAGAGAAUUUUCCAAUUUCUGCAUUUGUGGUGGAAAAGGUGACGGCACAUGGCAAAAGAAUAUGUCCUCUCGUGGCAAUAUCGAAAUACUUGAUCUUCAGCACAGGCAGUUAGAGGAUCUAAAAGCUCUUUUUAAAGAGACAAAACAAGAAGUACACCGAGUUCAGUUAGGAUGGGAAAAAGAACUCCAAUGCAUGGGGCACCAUGUUAAGGGCCUAGAAGUGGCCGCUUCAUCAUAUCACAAAGUUCUGGAAGAAAACCGUCUUCUGUAUAAUCAAGUUCAAGAUCUAAAAGGUACAAUCAGAGUUUACUGUAGAGUAAAACCCUUUCCCUCGGGGCAAUCUAGUGCGCAGUCCACGGUUGAUUAUAUUGGUGAAAAUGGAAAUAUUAUGAUUGUCAAUCCCCUGAAGCAGGGUAAAGAUGCAAGGAGGGUUUUCUCAUUCAAUAAGAUUUUUGGGACAAAUGUGACACAAGAGCAAAUAUAUGGAGAUACUCAACCAUUGGUCAGAUCUGUUCUAGAUGGGUUUAAUGUUUGUAUAUUUGCUUAUGGUCAGACGGGCUCUGGGAAGACAUACACAAUGAGUGGUCCAGACUUAACGACAGAGGAGACUUGGGGAGUGAAUUAUCGUGCUCUGCGCGACCUGUUUCACAUUUCAAACGAUAGAAUGGACGUCAUAGAAUAUGAUGUUGCAGUCCAAAUGAUUGAGAUAUACAAUGAACAAGUGAGAGAUUUGUUGGUUUCUGAUGGAAGUAAUAGAAGAUUAGAUAUUCGAAAUAAUUCUCAGCUUAACGGUCUCAAUGUUCCCGAUGCGAGUCUGAUUCCUGUUAAAAGUACUCAAGAUGUUCUUGAUUUGAUGAGAAUUGGACAAAGAAAUCGUGCAGUGGGUGCCACAGCUUUGAAUGUGCGAAGUAGCCGAUCCCAUAGUAUUUUGACAGUUCAUGUCCGAGGAAAAGAACUAGUCUCAGGUUCCAUGUUAAAGGGCUGCCUUCACUUAGUAGAUCUAGCUGGCAGUGAGAGAGUAGACAAAUCUGAAGCUGUUGGUGAGAGAUUGAAAGAAGCACAACAUAUUAACAAAUCUCUCUCUGCACUUGGAGAUGUCAUUGCUGCUCUCGCACAGAAGAAUUCUCAUGUACCUUACAGGAAUAGCAAGCUAACUCAAGUGUUACAAGAUUCUUUAGGGGGGCAUGCUAAGACACUGAUGUUUGUGCAUAUAAACCCCGAGGUUAAUUCUCUAGGGGAGACAAUUAGCACUUUGAAAUUUGCUGAGAGAGUUGCUACGAUAGACCUUGGAGCAGCCCAGUCUAAUAAAGAAACUAGUGAAAUUAGAGAUUUUAAAGACGAGAUCUCAAACCUUAAGCUAAUGUUGGAAAGAAAGGAAGCCGAACUGGAGCAGUUGAAAAGUCGCACAAAUAUUAGAGGCGCAGCGUCACCUCCUCGGCUACCUAAAUCCAACAGCAAUGCUGUUUUAAAGGCUGAGAUCACUCAACAGCAUGUCGAUACUCACCCAGAGGCAAGAAGCUGUUCCUCUGGUAAACAGAGAAGAUCUCGAUUUCCCUCAAAAUUCAUGGACAAGGAUAUCGUGCCAAAAGUACCCCUCCUACCUGAAGAGAGAUCAUUGUUAGGCUCCACAAAGCCUAGAUCUCCAUCUCCUCCUCCAAUCAGAAGAUCAAUAUCCACCGGUAGAGCUGCUCUAAUGAAACCUAGAAUAAAAUCCGAAGCACUUGAAAAUUCACCAGUCGUAAAAGUACCCUUUCCAGCAAGUCUCUCAGUCAAUAAAUCCGCAGCUAAUCUGGCUCCAAGUUUACCAUCUACAGUGAAUGCAUUUCCAGAUGCUUUGAACAACCACCAGAGGGUUACGGUGCGAAAAGUUCACUCGGAAAACGAAGACGAACAAUUCAAGCAAGCCCUGAACGUUCGACAAGGCGGUAUCAGAAAAACUAAACCAGAGAGUAAGGUAAAGACCAAACAAUAUUUAUCAGCUAAAGCUCAGAAAUCUAGUGUUGCACCAGAGACUCUUCUUCCUGACGUGGGCCCGGAUAAAGUAAUGGAGGAGACUCGAAAAAUUGAUCUUCCAGAUUCUGAAAACACUAGGCUUAGGAAGCUUCAUAGAAACUUCGCAAGGAACUCUCAAAAUGUAGAACCGAGAGAAAUAAUCCAGGUGGUGGAUCCAUUGUUGGGCGGGUACCAGGAAAAUAAACUUCCCAACAGUGUAGUUCCGAAUGGGAAGGAAGCAGGCCAUUCGUCUGUGCCUGAAUUUCGACGGAGUAAAUCUACGCCUCGAGGAAAAUUUAUCACUGGACUAUAAAAAAAGAAUUCAGAGCAUAUUUGAUCAUGACUAUAUUUAUUUGUACAGAUCUCUCUCUCUCUCUCUCUCUCUGAGAUGUGUUUAGCGUUCUAUAUUUUUGAGGUGUACACGAUACAUUUAUUUCUUCACGUCCAUAUUUGUCAAGAUAUUGAGUUUACUCUUGUGCCCCCACAA